AUGGGAUUCCCGCCUACUUGGAGGAUGUGGAUUUUGGGUAUUUUAGAAUCUUCUAGAGCUUCGGUCUUAAUAAACGGGUCCCCAACAUUGGAGUUUCAAUGCUACCGCGGAGUGCGCCAAGGUGACUCUUUAUCCCCCUUCAUUUUUAUUAUUGCAAUGGAGGCUUUGACCAAUUUUAUCGAAAAAGCUAAAGGUUUGGGCUUGUUGAGGGGUAUCCAUUUACCGAAUAAUGGACCUUCCUUGACCCAUUUGAUGUACGCGGAUGAUGUUGUUUUCAUGGGGGAGUGGGGUCAAAAACAAUAUACGCAAUAUUAUUCGCCUUAUGAGAUGUUUCCAUUUGGUUUCUGGCCAAAAAUCAACUACAAAAAAUCCAAUCUUUUCGGUAUUGGAGUUGCUGAAUCGACGGUGCAAAGGGUGGCUAGUCUAAUAAAUUGCAACAUUGGCAAGUUCCCUUUUAAGUAUUUGGGAUUACUAGUGGGUGCCAACAUGAAUCAAUUGAAAUACUGGAAAGGGGUUUCAAGGCAAAAUUAUCAAAAUGGAAGUCUAAGACACUAUCUUUUGGCGGGAGAGUGGUUAUGUUAA